CUUUUUUUUUUCUCUCUCUCUCAAUACCAAACUUAGCCGGGUCGACAGCCCACCUCAGUAAUUUGUAGUGGCCAAUUGUUCUGGCCCAGUACAUUUUGAAAACGAGGUGGGCCUCGCUUCUUUCUCAUUUCAACCUCACUCAACUCGUUUUUAUCAAUUAAUAUUGAACGGUGUCACGGCCAUCCUAGCUUGCACAUCCAUUGGACUACAGGACGGGUUGGUGCAUUUAGAUUGCAGAAUUCUACGUCCUAUGAAUCAUCUCCUUAGAUCACCUCCAAAGCUUUGUACAAGAGAGUCCGCUACGUUGUUCAACGCUAUACAUUUACUACGGCAGUACUUGUUUCUUUUUUUCGGAGACAUACUAGUGUAGUCGCCAAUUGCGGCUAGCGGUUAGUUUCGUCCAAUUAUACACAUUACUACGAUCUACUCAACACGCCUCCGGGAAGUCUCCGAGGUGUCGACGGCAAAGUCUCCGAAGCCCGCAUCCAGUCUCGGGAAGUAUACGAAGCGGCUCCGGACUAUUAUCACGGCCUCAAGUGUCAGGACAUGGGCGGAUACAUACCGUCAAGUGCUCGGCGGUAUAGGGCAAAAAGGUCCGGAGCCAUCUCAUGCAUUUGUUUGCUAAUUUGUCUCGGUCUAUCUUUGCCUACUUGCCAGCCAAACUAUAUAACAUGAUGUUCUUCUUCUCUCUCCUUUUUGUCAUUUCGUUGGUUUCUCUGGCAUCACCACUUGAGCACCGAGAUCCUCACUGCACUUUUCAAUACUAUUCAGCGUUUUAAAGCAAUAUUUUACACGGCUGCGAGAUAAAAAAAAAAGAACACAAAAAUGGCUGCAUCCAAGACGUUCCCCUUGCCCCAUCUCCUCUACGUCUACCCCUGGAUGCCAUUCCCGCGCCGCGUCAUCAUAUACCUCCGCGAGAAGGGCCUUCAAAACGCCGUGGAGAUAGUCCCCAUUGACUUCUCCACCAAGACGGCGCUCUUGGACAAGCACCAGAACUACCCGCCCAAGCCAGCGGGCAGCCUGCCCAUACUGGUCCUCCCGGCCCGCGACGAAACGGCGCCGGUCAAGAUCGGCCAGUCCAUGGCGAUCCUCCACUACCUCGAGGACAUGUGUGUGGCGGGCAAGCUGGACCACGCCGACGAGAACCCCGGGGGCAUGCGGGGAGCCGAGGACCCGGUGGGGCGCGCGCGCGUCGUGGAGAUGACGACGCUGGCCGAGGAGCUGUCGGCGACCUGGAACCCCGUGCGCAUGUUUGGCACGGCGGCGGGCACCAUGGAGCUCCCCGGCGCGGCGCGGGAGAUGCUGCGCUGGGUCAAGCGGGCACUGACGGCCGUCGAGACCAUGCUGAGGGAGGACCGCGAGGGGCAGGCCGCGCACCAGUGCUCCGCCCUCAUGGCCACCGGCGGCGCGGCGGUCAACCUGGCCGACGUUGUGCUCUUUCAGUUCCUCGAGUUUGUCGACGACUGCUACGGCCUCGACAUCACCGUCGGCUCGGGGGAGGUCGUGACCGACGUCUACGGGCGCCAGGUGGAGGAUUCGUUCCCCAUGUUGGUGGAGUUUUAUGCCGAGUUCAAGAAGAGGGACUCGGCCAAGAGGGACGAGGCUGCCGGCGAGAAGCCUCCUGCGCAGGUUUUGGCUAUCAUGACCAAGUGGGCUGAUGGUGUUUUGUAAAGACUUUGAC